AUUUAACUGCACUUGACUGCACUGCAAUGGCGCCUUCAAUGUAACGACGCUAUAUCACAUUCCAUGUGCAUGGAAUUCAGAUUGUCAUUGUGAAAAAUAUAAUAAAUCAAGCUGCAAAUCAAGAGUUACGAUGAUCAUUCCUGUGCGGUGUUUCACCUGCGGAAAAGUCAUUGGAAAUAAAUGGGAAGCAUAUCUGGGACUCCUUCAAGCGGAGUAUACCGAAGGAGAUGCCUUGGAUGCGCUAGGUCUGAAAAGAUACUGCUGUCGUAGGAUGCUGCUUGGACAUGUAGAUUUAAUUGAAAAAUUACUUAACUAUGCACCGCUAGAGAAAUAAAUUUUAUUUGUUAUGCCGACAUUAUUGGAUCUUUUUUGAACAUUCACAAGAUGUAUAUGUAACUCCAUAAUGUAUACUGAGAAAACGAUUAAAGUUAUUCUAUUGUAUAGUUUUAACAUUUUAUAUUUUAAUAAUGCGCUUAUAUAAUAAAUAUAGCUUAUAAGUUUACAAGGAAAAAAAUAAAAGAAUGUUUUAUUUGUAAAAUAUUCAAAUUAUUUAUCUUUUAAUUGGUGAUGAUAACAAAACAUAAUUCGAUUACAGCAUUGAUAUUUUAUGUAAAAUCUAUUCAUAUUACAAUAUUACAUAUAUGAUAUUUCAUGUAAGACAAAAAAUGGAAAAAUGAUUUGAGGAAUAAAGCUGUCUUUACAAAAUAU